CUGGGCCAGAAAGGCGUUCUCCUGCCUCAGGAUGUUGCCUUUAAAGCUGAAGAAGUGGGUUUCCUGUGGAGGAAACGAUCACAGAAUAGACAAGGCUUGGUCGAGACACCGUGUUCCCAACAUUUCUUGAGUACAGGUCACCCAGCUGCAGAGCAGGCGGCAGACAGGCUUUUGUGGAAUAAAGCCGCUCUAACUGCCUUAAAUGGUGUUUGUUUCUACUGAUGGACCCUGGAUGCUUUGAAGACUGGUUGACUGCCAGCACCAAAUCUGAGCCUACUGUUUUCCACAGGAGAAUGCACUGAUGAAUAUUUCACAAUGGACAAAUGACAAGUGGAUGUAUCAAACUGAUAACAGCUAAGACUUGUUACCUUUUCUUGUGCUUUGAGUGUAUGAAUGGGUUUUUCUACACCAACUCUUCAUCCUGAGCAAGGUCACCUCUAGUUUUCCAUGUCAGGUGCUUGACCAACAGAGACAUGUCCAAUGACAGCUGCAACCUACCCUUAGACACGGACACAUUUGGCCUGACGUGCAUCUAUGGGCUGAUCUUCUCUUUGGGUCUCCCCAGCAACCUUCUGUCUCUCUGGGGAUUGUACCACCUGGGCCGCUCAGGUGGGGGAGGCUGCCAGCUGGUCUACAUCCUCAACCUCCUGCUGUCAGACCUCCUCCAGCUACUCACCUUGCCGCUGUGGAUACUUUAUCUCCAAGGUGCGCACCGCUGGCCCUAUGGCCAGCUAACCUGCGAGCUGGUGGGCUACGUGUUUUAUGUAAAUGUCUACGCCAGUGUUAUGUUCCUGUGCCUGAUAGCGCUAGACCGCUGCCUAGCCAUCGUGUACCCGCUGAGCAGCCGCAGCGUGCGGACUGUCAGGGUGGCAGCUUUGUCCGGUGUUGCAGUUUGGACACUCACCUUUCUGUUCUGCCUGAGUGGUUUGCUUCCUUCAGUGUUUGACUCUGACAGACUGCUGUGUCUCGAGCAGUACCCCGUCAGCCCUAGAUACGCCCACUUCAAGAUCACUACCGUGGCCCUCGGCUUUCUGCUGCCAUGUGCCAUACUAGGCUACACCUCAGCCCACAUUGGAUUGACACUCCGACGAUCUCCCUCCCUCUCUGACCACGAGCGGCACAAAAUCGUGGGCAUCCUAGUCGUGAUCACUGUCAACUUUAUUGUUGUUUUUGGACCCUAUCACCUCGUGGGCGGGUACAGAUUUGUGUCCUUGCUGCUGACUGAUGAGCCGUGUGGACUGGAGCGUUCCAUUUUCCUCAUCUAUCGACUGUGCUACGGUCUGACCAGCCUCAACACCCUGCUGGAUCCCCUCUUCUACAUCUUCUUGUGCCCUGAUGCCCGGCUAGAGCUGCAAAGGUCCCUGCCCUGUUUGGGAAGGGGUCAAAACACCUGCAAAAAGAUCACCCUCAGUACCAGAUCUCACCCAAACAGGCAGAGGGAGAGUGAAACUGGACACAAUAAUCUUCUAGCAGUAUAACUUGGAUUUGACCACAGACCUGACUCCUAAUAUUUAGUCAAGGCACUUGUGCCACCCAGUGGAAAUGCACGUGUACAGUUUCUGUGUCAUGUGAGUUUCAUCUCUAAGUAAAUCAAUCUGUGUUUCAACCUCCUGAGCUAAAAUUAUUUCACGAGUUGAGUUUUUAGUUUCUCAUGAUGAUAUAAAUACUGCUUCAGAGAAGGGCGGAAAUAGAAACAUUUGUGUGUAGCACACAGUGUAAAGACUUUAACUGUUGCCUACAUGAAAUCAACACUAUAUCAUGGAGUAGAAAUAUGGAAAUGUCAUUUUCUGUGAAGUGAAAUCCAAUUUAUCUAAUUCAUCUAUUUACUACAUGGUUUUUGUAUGUGUGUUUUUGAAGAGUGUAACCAGUGUAUGAAAAUGAGCCCCUGUUGACAUUUCACAGUCAAACUAUUUUUUACUGUUAUGUUUACAACAAUGAUUAAAACUCCUGUUUAAUCACUUGUUUGCUGUAAGUCCUUCUAAAAAUAGGACUGAUGUGCAUCACUACGGAAAUGCAAGAAUGUGGUUAUUUGCAAGGUACGUGUCAUACUGCAUGUGCUUUUCUUUCUGUUUAUUAAUGUUUAGAAAUUCAACAGCAUUAAAAAGUAUAUACAUUACAUUGCAUGGAAGAAGCAGAUACACAAUUUAACUUUCAUGACUGACAUCUAUUCUCUAUUAUGAGCACAAUGGGCUAAUCUAUAGCAAGCGCAAACUGUAUCUCCAAAAAUGUGCUUGUGUCAGCUUCUACGGCUACUGGCAACAUCUAGUGAGAGACACCAAAAGUCUUUUUCACAAAGCAACAAACUGUAAAGAAGCAAUAAUGUAUGAGUCAUUCAAUCAAAUGUACACAUCAAUUGAGCAUCCAAGUCAUAUUAAGACAAGACAAUAUUUCUUGCUUUUUAUUUAUUUUUUUUGCUUUUUGUUUGUUUUCAUGCACUUCAUGUACUUAAUUUGGAGGUUAAGUUAUCAGUACACACUGUAUAGUAAAGAUGAUUAAACCCUUGAAUGUUCUUGGGAAUAUAAAAAAA